AUGGCCAUCGGAGUAGCAAUUCUCGGUGCUGGCCUCUUUGGCAAAGACCAAUACCUUCCGGCUGUCAAAGGCAGCUCGAGCUAUACUCUCAAAGCCGUUUACUCCCGUUCUCAAAAAUCCUCCACCAAACUCGGGGAAGAGGCUGGUGUAGAUGCCUACUAUGAUAACCCAGAAACACCCGACAGAUCUCUCAGCAACCUGCUGGAACGCUCUGAUAUUGACGCUGUCAUAAUAGCUCUUCCCAUAACCGUGCAGCCAGAUAUUAUUCGCGCCGCAUGGAAAGCAGGCAAACACGUUCUGAGUGAGAAGCCGGUCGCUAAGGAUUCUACAGGAGCAAGACAGCUUAUUGCAGAUUAUGAGCCAUACAAAGCAAAGGGUCAGGUGUGGGCCGUGGCUGAGAACUUUCGAUUCAUUGAUCCCAUCACCUAUGGCACGGCACAGCUUGAGCGUUUGGGUGGUGCGGUGACGGGAUUUCAUGUCUCUGUUCACGAUAUGGUUAAAGAUGGGAAUCCAUUCUAUGCUACGGAGUGGCGAAAGAACCCCGACUAUCAAGGAGGAUUCGUUCUCGAUGGCGGUGUGCACUUUGUCGCUGGUCUCCGAGAGUUUCUGUCUGCAUUAGGUGACUCCAUUGAGAAAGCAGUCUCAUUCAGUACUCAAAUGCAGCCGCAUCUUCCUCCAGUCGACACAGUCAACGGCGCUUAUCUCUUGAAAAGCGGCCGAAGCGGUACCAUCAGUCUCUCUUUCGGUAUAGAAUUCAAGAGCGAUUUCCUGAUUGAGGUAACCUCAACCAAUGGCUCCGUCGCAAUGACUCCUGCGGGUGUCAAAGUUGUUGAGAGGGGUGGAUCUGAUGGUGAGCGCAAAGAAGCUUUGAAAGAGUUCCCAUUCAACACCGGUGUUGGGCUCGAGAUUGAGGCUUUUGGAAAGGCUAUUGAGAAGAAGGCUGCUGAUCCAAGACAGACAGCCGAAGAGGCAUUGUUGGAUUUGGUCCUUAUUGAGAAGCUGUUGACCGGUGAACAAGGAGGUGCAGUUUUGACUAUCUGA